AUGGCGCUGAAAUCUCUCGGGCGAGAGACCAACACCGAGCGUCACUAUUGGGACUACUCCUUCCACUGGACGCCACUCCAUCAAACAGCCGAGGAGCUUCAUCCCAUGAUUCAUACCUAUGAUCAUCUCGCAGAUGAAUGCGUCGAGAUACUGAAUGGCAUCUCGGCGGGUACGGGAUCAGAGCAGCCGUUUGAGAAGGACCUGUACGGCCUCUUGAAAGCCCACGCGGACGAACAUCCGAAGCUCAAGCGCUUGUGGAAUGAGGUGAAUACAGUGCCGGAGUGGGUGGAUUGGGAACAGAUUCAGCGGGCACAGGACGUUUUCUUCCGAUAUGGGCUCCCCAUAUUGAAUGUGCUCGGCUUUGAGAGCCUUCUUGGUGGCAUGGGAGCAAAGCGUGUCGUGGAGACUCUUGCUCGCACAGGUGGAUUCAAUACCAACGCGGUCCGACGUCGACUACUGGAGACUCUUCAGCACGUGCUUCAGGUGAACGACUCGGUCGAGGCACUGAAACCCGGUGGCGAAGGGCAGGUUUCCUCAGUCCGAGUCCGCCUGCUGCAUGCGUGUGUCCGAAUGAGGAUCUUGAAGUUGGUGAAGGAAAAGCCGGACUACUACGAUAUCGCUCAGUAUGGGAUACCCAUCAGCGAUCUAGAUUGCAUCGGCACUAUCAACACGUUCUGUAGCUCUGUGGUCUGGAUGGGUCUUCCCCGACAGGGAGUGUAUCUCAAGCAGCAAGAGAUCGAGGAUUACACUGCGCUGUGGCGGUUAGUCGCCUACUAUGUGGGAGCCCCGACUGACCCGUUCGAGACCACCACAAGGGCACGGGCAAUGAUGGAAUCUCUUCUUGUUUCUGAAAUUCACCCCACCGAGACUGGUCGCAUUCUUGCCAAAAAUAUCAUCCUCGGCUUGGAGAACACGGCGCCAUCGUUUGCCUCAAAGGAGUUUCUAGAGGCAUUGAGCCGUCUGCUCAACGGGGAUCAGCUUUCGGAUGCACUUGGGAUCCCCAAGACGACUCUCUACUACCGUCUGCUCUUAUGGGGAUACUGCUUCUGGGUGAAGUUUGUCUCUGUCAUGAUUCCCAAGAUCCCUUCUAUGGAUCGUUCCAUGAUCAACAUGCGUCGGCAGCGCUACCGGAGGGUACUCAUGGAUGACAAGCUAGGUCUUGGAGGCCCCGCUCGCUUCGAAUUCAAAUAUGUCCCUGCUCUCCAUCGAAGGACCCCUCUGGGCCAAAGAAGAACAAAUACGAUCAAACGUCCUGGUCUCGAGAGCUUGGGGCAUAUGGGACUCAUGCUCGCUUCUGGUGCGAUGCUGACUUUAGGGGUAGCUGUGGUCUUUGUUGCAAGAGUUCUUCCGGCAGGCUCGUUGACGCAGGCGUAG